UCGCAUAAGUUUUCACGUCGCUCGAACAUGACACGUCGUGGUUCUCGUUCUCUCAGUUUGAUAUGCGCCUAUCUGGCGUUCGUUGCUGUCGCAGUCGCGGUUGAUCAAGAAGAAUGUGAUAAAACAAAAUGUCCGGGUCCAUUGGCAUAUUACAAGGGUCUCAACUGUAGCCCAGUGUACGAAAAGGAGGGCGAUUGUUGCGCGACAAGAUACAACUGUGAACACCUGAAAGAGCGAGACCCUAAAAAGUGUUACGUCAACGGUAAAGCGUACGAAAUCGGGGAGAAACUUAAAGAUGAGGAUAAGAAUCCUUGUGACAUUGGUUGCACCUGCAGCGCUGGACAUGGGGGAAUCGCCACAUUUAAUUGCGCGAUAGUUGAUUGUUUCCAUGGACAAGCAAAACCAGGUUGCUUCAUAAAGAAUUUCCCAUUAAAAUGUUGUCCCGGAGAAGAAGUUUGUCCUGAAAAGCCCGAAGAUAGAGCUACCUGUAAUGUAAAUGGAAAGGAAUAUAAAGAAGGAGAAUUUUUCAGUAUCGAAAGUGAUCCGGAAUUAACUUGUACAUGCCAACCAGGCUAUACAGGAGAAAAUGUUGAACCUUUCUGUGCAAAGCCUAAGCGUUCAUAUUGCCAUCCCGAAUUCAAUCAUUUAUAUGAGGUUAUUAAUAAAUGCGCUCCGGUUUAUUAUCCAUCUCAAUCACCGCAGACUAGUUGCAACGCGUUUUCGAGAUGUCAAAACAAUAACGACACUAUUAUUCACAAGGAGGAUCAUCCGAAGACUGAUCCAAGUCCAGAUGACGAAGAAGUUUGCCAUUUUGGCAAUAUGGUCAUGCAUCGUGGCGACGAAUUGGAUCAAGAUACAGAUAAUAAUUCUAAGUGCAUAAAAUGCGUUUGCGAGGUGCCUCCUGUGCUUACUUGUAAGCGCUUACCAUACAACGUGUGCGACUAUUAAUCUUAAACAUUUAAAAAUCUGUGAUAAUAUAAUUAUUGUACUUCUGUUACUCGAUUUAGGAUUUUGUAGAAAAUUAGUACAUAAAUAUAAGAAU